UGGCGCGUUGGAUCAUGGCUUGACAGUGCAACAGUGGAGUACUCCACUCUACAGCAGAGAGACAGCAUCCUGGUGAGCUUCACCUCUGUCUAGAGAGGCAGACAGCAUCCUGCUGAGCUUCAUCUCUGUCUAGAGAGACAGACAGCAUCCCGCUGAGCAUUACCUCUGUCCAGGGAGACAGACUUCAAUCUAAUGAGCUUCACCUCAUUCCAGAGUGAGACAUCCUUCUGCUGAGCUUCACCUCAGUCCAGAGAGAGAGAGACCGCAUCCUACUGAGCUUGAACUCUGUUCACAGAGACAGGGACCAUUCUACUGAGUUUCAUCUCUGUCUAGAGAGAGAGACAGCAUUCCACUAAGCUUCCAUCCUGUCCAGAAAGAGAGAGACACCAUUCUGCUGAGCUUCACCCGUCUCCAAAGAGAGCAUCAGAGUAAGAAACAGUGAGGGUUUCUCAAACCACUAAGCUGAUUGAGAAACAGGAAGAGACAAGAAAAUAAGGAAGAGAUAUAAACACCCAUAGACAUUUAGAAGGAAGACAGUGAUAGAGAUAUAAAGCAAACCGCCUGUGGACGAGCCAGCAUCCCGGGGAUGCAGAGGGAUUGCAGGAGGAGUUGCUGAGUAUAGCAGCAGCCCAAGGAGGCAAGACAGACAACACGUUCCAGGGAGGGACUGUUGGCUCUGCCCCCUUGUGGAGGAUGAAGAAGCACUCAGCCAGAGUGGCUCCUCUCAGCUCCUACAGCUCCCAGGUCCUUACCUGCCACAUCUCUGAAGGAGAGGAGGGCUCUGAGUCUCACGCCGACACCCCAGGCAGCGAGACCAGUGCGGAGGGGACAUCGUACCAGGCGUUUGCUAACACGUUGCUGAAGGUGCUGGCGGGCCUCCUGUUUGUCCUUUGUGUCUCCUCCUCCUGGGUGGGCACCACUCAGUUGGUCCAGCUCACCUUCAAGUCCUUCUCCUGCCCCUUCUUUAUCUCCUGGUUCAGCACCAACUGGAACAUUCUCUUCUUCCCUCUCUACUAUGGAGGCCAUCUGGUCACCACCCGGGACAAGCAGACACCGAUACAGAAAUUCAGAGAGUGCAGCAGGCUUUUCGGAGAAGAUGGGAUGACCCUCAAGCUGUUCCUGAAACGGACAGCCCCGUUCUCCAUCCUGUGGACCUUGACAAACUACCUGUACCUGUUGGCCCUGAGGAAGCUGACCGCUACUGAUGUUUCAGCCCUAUACUGCUGCCACAAGGCCUUUGUCUUCCUGCUUUCCUGGAUCGUCCUGAAGGACCGCUUCAUGGGUGUGCGGAUUGUGGCAGCCAUAAUGGCAAUCACAGGCAUUGUCAUGAUGGCCUAUGCAGAUGGUUUCCAUGGUGACUCCAUCAUAGGUGUGGCCUUGGCUGUGGGCUCUGCUUCCACAUCCGCUCUCUACAAGGUGCUAUUUAAGAUGUUUCUGGGCAGCGCCAACCUGGGUGAGGUGGCUCACUUCCUCUCUACCAUGGGUGUCUUCAAUCUUCUCUUCAUCUCCUUCAUCCCACUCAUUCUCUACUUCACCAAAGUGGAGCACUGGGGCUCUCUGUCCUCACUGCCCUGGGGAUACCUGUGUGGCCUGGCUGGACUCUGGCUGGUGUUCAAUAUCCUGGUUAAUGUUGGCGUGGUGCUCACCUACCCCAUCCUUAUCUCAAUAGGGACACUACUCAGUGUGCCCGGAAAUGCAGCGGUAGACGUGUUGAAACACGAGGUGAUCUUCAGUGUGGUGCGCCUGGCUGCCACCUGCAUCAUCUGCCUGGGCUUCCUGCUGCUGCUGCUUCCGGAGGAGUGGGACUCGGUCACCCUGCGCUUCCUCGCCGCCUUCGCGGACAAGAAGUCUGAGGAGCACGGGGAGGAGCUGACAGAGUCCAGUAUCCACACGCGCAGUCGCAGCCGAGCCAACGGAGCAGUCUCAAUCCCUUUGGCAUGACCCCUGACCUCCAGUGUUCUGUCCCAUCACUGAGCAUGACUCUGGCGCAGGCAACAAACUGAGAGAAACUGUCAAAGGUCUGUCACUUUCCCCAGCGACUGCUGGGAGUAAAAUUAGAUUUUUUUUUUAAAGAAAGGAAAUGUUGGAAAGUGUUAUUUACUUUCUUAAAAUCCUCAACAGGCCUCGUGCACGCCCUUAGACCAUGUUAGCCCAGCCUUGAACUUACUCCAUGGACUUUAUUCUGUGAAUAUGAAUAUUGACAGGGCCAGUUUGGCUCAAUCCUAUCUGUAUUUAUUGAAUUAACUCAGAGGUGUAUCAAUAGAGUAUUUACAUUUUACUUCUUAUAUAUGAUUAUCUAGAGGAACGUUUGGAAAAUACACUAUGCUUAAUGUACAGGCUCUUUUUUAAUAAAAGAAUAAAGGACGUGUCA